UCGACCACGUAGCAGCCUCCUGGCAGCGGCAGCCGCUUGUGUCUACUCUCCCUCUCUCUGUCACACACUCACACACUCAGUAUCAGUAGCCCAUGUAGAACCACGUAGCACCAGCUUUGGAUUUUAGCGGCAGCAGCGGCCGAAGCAGCAAUGGAUCUCUUUGAAUUCGACUUUUUCAGAGACUGGGAGCUUGAACAACCAUGUCAUCUGGAGUCAGAGCGCAGUGCCCUGAAGAGGAGAGAGUGGGAGAGGAGGAACCAGGAGGUCCAACAGGAUGAAGACCUGUUCUCAACUGGAUUCAACUUGUUUGGAGAACCUUAUAAAACUAAUAAAGGUGACGCAUUGGCCAGUCGUGUCCAGAACACACUGGGCUCCUACGAAGAAAUGAAAGACCUAUUAACCAGCCACUCCAACCAGAGCCACUUGGUGGGAAUCCCCAAAGGCAGCAACAACCUGCAGACCCCGACCACUUCAACGACAGAGAGACCCGCCAUGGAGUCCCAGCUUUUCAACGAAGCCCUGAGAGGAGGAACAGGUGGAGGAGGAGGAGCUGAGGGAGGUGGGGACAAGAGGGUGGGAAAUGCAUCUUCCUCAUCUUUAACUUCAAUGCAACCUCCUGCUUCGACCACAUCGUCAUCAAGCGCCACAACGAUCCCACAUCAGAAUUCUAAAAAGUCCCGAAGCUCCAUGGAUUGGUCAAGGGCAGGCCAUGGACAAAGUACCCAAGGAACAGGCCUCACUCUGGGGUUAGGACAGAACGGGCAGGGGCAGGUUACAGCUGCUCCCAGUGGAAGAGGGAAAAUGUCUUUAUUAGAGGAACAAAGGCAUGAAGAGCUGUUUAGCUCACUUAAAGAUGAACUCGGUCUAAAAGGAGACUCAAGCCCUUCUUCCUCCUCUUCCUCAUCCUCAUCCUCUUCCUCUUCUUCUCGGAGAAGGCACCCCUCCAAAACUCUUCCUCUCCCAGAUGGUGGCAAUUUCCGAUCUUCCACCAUGGACGGUGGCCAUUUUAAGUCUUCCACUAACACAGAAAAUGGCGGACAUUUUAAAUCCUCCCCGUUUGAAAAUGAGACAGGUUCUCAACUCUCUAUGUCCUCCUCCCCGCUGGCUUCCACAUCAGUUCUGACAACGCCUACUCCUGGUCUGACCACUCCCACAUCUGGACUGACUACCCCCACCUUCCCACCUGGUAGCCUAUCAGGGAAGCCGAUCGCAGUGCAGCAGAAGCCCACAGCGUAUGUUCGACCAAUGGAUGGCCAGGACCAGGCGCCUAGUGACUCUCCCCAGCUUAAACCCCCUCUAGUGGCCACAGAGACAUUUAACAGCAGUCAGGCCUACGGAGGAAACUCGGGGAAUGUGAAGAAUAAACUGCCAAAACUGAGUCUCAGCCACGCAGGGGAGGUCAGCCUACCAAAUGACUCCAGCUGUGUUGAAGAGAUUUUGCGGGAGAUGACCCAUUCCUGGCCUCCUCCUCUCACAGCCAUACACACCCCUGGGAAGGCUGAUCAGACCAAGUUCCCCAUCCCAAACAAGGAGUCACAGCAUGUGACCUCGGGCUACAACACUCAGAAGCGAUGUACUGUAUCAGCUAACAAGCCUGCUGCUAAACCUCCAACUGCACCACAAAAGUCAAUGUUGGAGGAUGACCUGAAGAUCAGCAGCGAUGAGGAAGAAGCCGAACAAAAGGUGUCUGACAAGCCCAAAGCCAGAGGCACAGCCGUAAGUGGAGCUUCAGGGAGCAGCAGCGAAUCAGAGAGCAGCUCAGAGUCGGACACAGACGAAUCAGAGAGCAGCUCCAGUGACAGCGAGUACAAUCAGGCCACCCGCACAAACACUCCAGAGCCUGAGCCCCCCUCCACCAACAAGUGGCAGUUGGACAGCUGGUUGAAUAAGGUCCAAGCUCAAACCAAACCCCUGGUUCCCCCACAGCAAGAACACCAUAGCACAGGCUCCGUCACCCAGGGUCCGGACACUUUCUCUCCAAGGAGUGAAUCACCAGCAGUGGGUACAGCUGCUAAGACCAAGCCCUGCGGAUCCAACAGCACCCCUGUUCCAGCUGCACCAACGGUGGAACACAAGGAUACAAGGGGGGGCUUCUGCCCAGGCAGAGAGAAGGCCAAGGCCAAGCUCAACCAGAAGGCCCCUGGGGACGGCCAGAGGUCAAGGAUGAGGUUGUCGCCGGGCCUGUUGUCAGGACCAGAAGUCAUGACCCCAAGGAGGAACACCACAGGGAAGAAACAGCCCAGGCGGACAGAGAGAUCAAACAGUGUGGAGGAUAAUCAGACCCAGACAUGGAGCAGAGCAAACCAGCAUAGCCCUGCAGCAAGGGAGAAGGACCUGUUGCCUCCCCCCUCCCUGGAGCAUCAGAACCCCCUGAGGCCACGAAGCAAACCCCCCAGUGGGAAAACAGCCCCCAGGAAAGAACCUCGCAGUGCUACCAACUCAAACAACAACACAGUUACUCCACCAGCGGCACUACAGCAAACUCCUGUGCCAAUACCUGCUGUCAGUGUAAACCAGGAUAAGCGGAAAAACAGAGGUCCAAACGCCAAAAUCACACCCAAGUCCAGAGAAUUCAUCGAAACAGAUUCCUCCUCCUCCUCCUCUGAAUGCCAGUCAGAUUCAGAGGAAGCCGUCAAAAUCCCCACUCUGCCACCUCAGACGACACGCUCUGCGAUUAACACACAGACUGUGUCCAACACACACGUACACACGCCUCUUCUCCCAUGCCUGGCCUCUGUUGGCACUGUGGGGAGUCUGGGAACAUUUGGAGGGAAAGGACUUCGAGUCAAAGAUGGUAGCAAUGUGACCACUAAUGGUAGCAGCAGUAAUAAUAGUAGCAUCAGCAGUGGUGGUAAUGGUGGCAGUAAUAGCGGUAACUCCCUAAGCAUCAGCAACAUAAGUGGUUCAUUUGGAACCUCUGUUCCUGAUCCUGGAGGGUUAGGAGGACAGUGCAAAGACCUGGAGUCCAUGUCGCCACCUUCCAACAUGGGACAUGAGGUGCCUCUUUCCCCCUUGAGGGAAUACCAAGAGAUCCAGAGUUUAUGGGUGAAAAUUGACCUCAGUCUGCUCAGCAGGGUGCCAGGCCAGGGUUCGGGGGAAAGAUCCAGAGCGGGAAUCGCAGAAAGGGACGGGAGCGAAGGGAGAGACAGAGAGAGACAGGGGGAGAGGGAGAGGAUAGGGGUGGCAGAGAGAGAAAGACAGAAGCAGGAAGAGAGAGAGUGGCCAGGGCUGAGAGAGAGGCAGAAGUUACCUAAAGGGGAGAAAGAGGAAGAAGAAAAUGAGCGGUUAGUGCAGGACAGAGAGAGGCAAGGUGACAGAUUAACAGAGAGAGAGCGGCAGACGGACAGAGAGGACAGAGAAAGACUGGGGCUCGGGGAGAGGGAGCGAAUGACAGGCAGGGACAGAGAGAAGGCGUGCCAAGGUUUGGGGGUCCUGGACAACCCCCCUACGCAAGAGCAGAGUAAUCCCAGGCUGGCUGGGAGGACGGAGAGAGGAGAGAAUGGAGGCAAACACAGGAGGCAGGCAGCUGGAAACAUAGUGGUCCCAGCAGAGAAACACACCAGCAAGAGCAAGAGGAAACAUAAGUCGGACCACAGUGAGGCAUCAGUCAACGGGAAUAAGAAGCUGCGAUUGGAUAAAGACUGUCAGCUCCUCCCACCCUGCAUCUCUCCAAUACACAACCACAAGAACAGCUCUACAGAUAGCUCUCUAAACAGGAAGCCGUCUCGGCGGCGCGAUGAGAAGCUGCUUCCACCCCUCCUGUCCCCCCUCUCUGACGAUCCCCCUCGUAAACGAACCUGUGACAGCAGUUCCUCUCUCAGCCAGGAGGGCGGCGCCGCUGGGAUGCUGCCUUGCUCCACCUCUUCCACUUCCUCUUCCUCUUCCUCACACAGACACAGGAGAGGUGAAGGCAAGGCGUCAUCGCACGCAAGAAAUGGCAGCGAAAUGGAUCCCCAUGGCGAGAAGCUCGGUGGAGAUGGUUACCAUGCCAACGGACAGUCAGACUCUGAGGCGUGGUCGGAACCGCUGACGGAAACUGCCGAACCUCGCAGGCCAAGACUGUCAUUCAGCAACACAGUCCACAGUGCAGACUACUACAUGCAGGAGGCCAAGAGACUGAAGCACAAGGCUGAUGCUUUGAUGGACAAAUUUGGUAAAGCGGUGAACUACGCAGACGGCGCCCUCUCCUUCAUAGAGUGCGGAAAUGCUAUGGAGCGAGAUCCGCUAGAGGCCAAAUCACCAUAUACCAUGUACUCUGAGACUGUAGAGCUAAUCAGGUAUGCCAUGAGGUUGAAGAACUUCACAAGCAAUUCAGCCACCAUCGCUGAGAAGAAACUCGCUGUCUUGUGUAACCGCUGUCUGUCUCUGCUGUAUCUGAGGAUGUUCCAUCUGAAGAAAGACCACGCUGUCAAGUACUCGCGGUCGCUCAUGGAGUACUUCAAGAAUUCAGCCAAGAGUUCCCACCAGGCACCCUCUCCCUGGAGGACCAAUGGGAAGGUCAAUGGGACUCCGUCUCCCCUCUCACUCAGCCCCUCCCCAGCCAGCAGCGGAGGAGGAGGUGGAGGAGCAGGAGGAGGAUCUGGAGGUGCCCCAGUCUCGUCAGGAAGUGUGGCUAUUCCCCAGCGGAUUCACCACAUGGCUGCUAGUCACGUUAACAUCACCAACAACAUCCUGCGGAGCUAUGAACACUGGGAGACGGCCGACAGACUGGCCACUUAUAGCCAAGAGUUCUUCCAGGAGCUGGACUCUGUGAUGGAGCCGUUGAGUCAGCAGAGCAGCAUGACUGAGCUGGUCCGAUACAUCAGGCAAGGACUGCACUGGCUCCGCAUAGAGGCUCAUUUGCUGUAAGGACUGGACCAGAGCCAAAAUUUUUACACACAAAAAACGAAAUGGGCCUGGGAGCUAGAACUGGGAUGACAAGUGAGAUGAGACUCAGGACGAUGCUUCAGUUCCCACUGGGAUCCUUCAAAUGACCCGACACCACCCACAGUAAUGUAACGGGAUAGACUGGGUGGAUUAAUUGGCCUAAAUUCACCUGUAAUUAGGACUGCACAGUAGCUAAGUUUGGGAAUUUCAACCGUAAAUCCAAGAAUACAAAUGCGGCUGCUGCUGCUUUUCGGGGCAACUGCAGCUGUACAUCAGCGCAGGUAGCCUAAAUUCCGAAAGGGACAAUAGAUGUUACAAACCUCCCUGUAUCCCUGAAUAGAAACCAGAGAAGACAGGAUCAUUUUCAAAAGGAUAGGUGAGAGGCUGAUGUGAUUAAGGAUGCUGAAGGUGGGGAAGGAGCUAAAUAGAGGCACAUCUGCCCCAGCAGUGACCUAGAAACGUGUCUGUGAUUGAGACUAGAAUUAAAGCCUCAGGCUAAUAUUGAUGAAGAAGAGGAGCGUCGGCUCAAUCAAUUAGGUAAGGUCCUCGCUGGUAGAGGAAAGAGGCUCAGCUACAACCACUAGAGCUGAACUUAUGAAGGCUCAAGUUAGUCCUCUGCUUGUAUUUCAGUCAGAAGCUAGAAGCUGACGAACCCGCCUGUGUUGUGUAUUCCUUCGAUAAUUUAACAAAAUGCAAUAAUUAGUCACAGGGCUUGACAGGGAAUAAUGCAUGUUCAGAACAAAGGGCAGUAUGUAAUGAUGUAAUAAUACAGGAGAGCAGAACAGCUGGUCACAGGCAUUUUGAAGAGGAAACAUAUUUGCGUAGGUACAACUAUAGCUAAAUAGCUAGAAGUAUAGAAACACAGGCUGCUCUUCUUCUUCUGUUGUAAUUCUGGCAGAGUAGCUGCUCAAAGGAAGUAAGAAGUAAAGAUCUUAAGGGUUAUAACUUUGAAUUAGCAACUUCAUUAUAUAAAUUAGAUUAGCUUCUUAUUCUAUAUUAUCGGGUUAACCUCAUGAAAUCAGAUUAUUCAAGUUUAUUCGAAUGUCCUCGCCUACCUCUAAACAGGGCCAGUUACUGUGUGACAUUUUUCUAUACUCUGCCAAUAUGAUUCCUGAGUUUGAGCGCCAAUACCAAAACAAAGAUUAAGAAAUAGAAAGAUUUUUCUACAAAACCCUUUUCAGCAAAAUAGGAAUUUUGUCUUAAACUGGCAACAUUUUUAUUUAAAUUAUAAACUAUCAAUCGAUGAAUAAGUUAACAAGAUAAUGAAAUUGACAGUUGAUGCCAGCUUUUCAUACUUGACAGUCAGCAACGGACACAUUUUGGUCUAAAAAGGUAGUGCGGUUUGACACCCAGUCCUACCUCUUAAUGUAGCCACUCCUGGUGUAGGCAGGUGACGUCAAGAUAGCCUCCGUUUGUGCAGUUGCCAUCAAGCAACUCACAUGUGACCUGGAUCAGUGGUUUGUUUAUACUAAACUCAGAUUUGGAGCCUCUACAACUGAAUCAAGAUAACCCUAAUAUUAAGAUGUGCCUAACCAGACUUUGAAGUUGCAGUCUGUGGGGUUAACAGCUCAACAGAAAAAGCUUUCAGUUCUCUGGUCCUACAAAUGAGGGCUUUCUUCCAAUCAAAAAAAAGCAUCUGUCUGGUUCUUCUCUUACUGGUUAUGGGCUUUUGUGAAAUUCCACUCAGUUCUAUUUCCCAUAGUAACCCACCCACUAAGGUGUCAGACACUUACGGGGAGGUGACUACAAGAUUCAGUAUGAUUUGGCUCUAGUUAAGCCCCCACCCACGUGCAGAUCAAGUACUCAGGGUGAAAAUCUCACAUCGGCUAUUUCGCCCCAGAUGUAAAAAAAAAUCUGUGCAACAGCAGCGACUUUGUGCGACACUUAAUGAGAUCAGAUCACCUGCUGGAAAUCUUGUAGUCAUUUUACCAACAUUUGUCGUGUUGUGUUGUUAGUGUGUAUACGUGUACAGCUGAUUGUCAAGUCUAUUUAAAGCAUUACCUGGCUGGACAAUAAUGAUGUUUGUGUAACAUAAUGUACAGACUGUGAUCCUGUUUGUUUUUUAGUGUCUUGUGAAUGAUUCAAUGUGAAUGGAUGAGGGAGUGAAACACGAAAAUAGGGUAUCUAUAUGUGUGUGUGUGUGUGUGUGUGUGUGUGUGUGUGUGUGUGUGUGUGUGUGUCUGUGUGUAUGACUGUGGGUGUCCAUGCACAGGCUAUGGCUGCAUUUACACAGCACCAAACAUAAUCAGAUUUUUAAACCUUUGUGGUACAAAAAAACAAAAGGAGACCCUCCUGUUUUCUCGUGGCCUCACUUCUGUUUUCACAUGUGCUAUAAAGACUUAAAAUCUGGAUUUUUUUUUCAUGGUCUCUGUAAAUCCAGCACAUCAAGCAUGAGUUUUUAAGUUUUGGAUCAUUUGACCAUCGCUGAAUGUGUAUGGAAGACAAUGCGGAUGUGAAAAGUAAUUUUCACUUUGACAAAAAAAGAAACUCAAGUGCCUCUAUUUGUGUCCAGUGGGAAUUGCUCUAUUUAUUUAAGGACAAAGACUUAAUCGAAAUGAUUUUCCAUACCAUAUUGGUAUAAAUAUGAGAUUGUUUUUCGUAAAAUCAAAUGUUUCCACAAGCUUUUUACUGGCGUUUAUGAUGACACCAGAGUUUGGCUUUAAGAAAAAUGUGUGAUUUUAACGUGUCAAAUUUGCAUUAGUCGCUGUUUUUUUUUUUUCUUGAUUAUUUGAGCAAGUAUGGGUUUGUCUGAAAUGCCUGAAAAAUGUAAACCAUCGCAUGCAAUAAAGGAUAGCUUCAGACCAAGAACUACUUGUGUCCAUUUUGAAAAAAAAAGACAAAAAAGUCAGCGUAUUUCUUGUCACAUACUCAUUUACAGUGUGAAUGUUCUACAUCACCUGAGAAUACAGAGCCACUUUAAAUGCACAACACUAAAGUUAACAGUCUGAUGGAAGUAAUUACAUUCAACAACACCAAGUCAUUUAAUAGAUUUUAGGUAAUACUGUUAAUUGUCUUUCUUGCAGAGGGUAAGAUUGAUACCGCUCUCACGUCUGUACAUUAAAUAUGAAGCCAGCAGCUAGUUAGCUUAGCUUAGCAGAAAGACUGGAAAUAGGCCUGGUUUUGUCCAAAGGUUACAGAAUCCACCUGCUAGCACCCCUAAAGCUCACUAAUUAACUAAAUGUAUCUAGUUUGUUUAUGGGCUGGAUUUUUUCUUUUUUUGUUUUUUUACAAUAUGUUAAAUGUCUGUAAGAAGACAAUCAAAAUAUUAAAAUAACCUUUUUGUGCAUGGUGUAAGUCAAAAAGUAAUGUAGAUGAUAGCUGCUACAUUAACUGCACACUGGUCUGACAACUUGGUUUUUGUUUGCAGACGAGGUGUCCUCUCUUGUAGCAGUGUACGGAUUCCACUUUGUGCAGUGUGCCCCUACCUGCUGGGUAGCUAACGCUGGUAGAAGCAUUAAUCACUGUAGUAGUCAGUAGCUCUAUGGGAUAACCUGUGUUUUUUGAAUAUGCAGGUUUUUUAUUAUUCUUGCUCACCUAUCUUACACAUACAGUUCUAAAAUAUGAUGUUUCAGUAGUUUUUUUUCUGCAUAAUAUGAUUCAAGUCGUCAAUUGUUCCUAAGCUUAAAAAAAAUGUAGAUGCUAUUUUGGGGGGGGGUUGUAUGGACUAAAAAACAAGAUAUACCAUGCUAAUGACUGUGCUUUUAUUACCUUAGGACAAAGCCAAGCUAGCCAAUUUGUUGUGCUAAGCUAAGCUAACUGGCUGCUGAGUCUAGCUUCAUAUUUCAUGGACAGACUUAAGAGUGGUAACUCUGAUCAAGAAAGUGAAUAUGUUCGGUUCCCAAGAUGUCAAACUAUUCCUUUGAAAUGGACCCAUGGUUCUUCAUCUGAAAGCCUGAAAAAAUUUUUUUAAUUAUUAUUUGAGGUCAUGAAGCCAAAUUAGGAGUGUCCCCCAAUGAGCCAAUAAACUUCUACAACAGCCAACAAAGAAACCCACAAACUGUUUUCUGUUAGACCUCAGCUGUUACAAGUCAAUAGUUGAUCCAGUGUUGCUCAGUCCAUUUCAAUGAUGUUCGAUGUUGUUUUGUUUUAUGGUGAAACAGUGAUGUUACUAUAUGGUUAUUGUUAAUUUCACACAAUGGUCUUUAUUUUUAUUAUAUGCAGCGGUACAAUAUACUUAUACAAUAAUAUGCUGUAAAAUGUCAAAAACAUUGCAUUGGUGACAUCACGGGAAGCCUCGGUUUCAUCCCACUAUGCUACAUGUCACAUGAUGACUAUGGUAAAUGUUGAAUUCAUGCAACAGUUCAUUUGACUAUAUGCAAUGUCAAUAUGUCGAUAUAUUCUGAAACAUUUCGGAGACAGGCUGCCUCAGCAUGGCCUUUUAUUCUGCUGACAUCUUGUUAAAUAUCUCAUUAGCUCCUGUUACAUUAUCACAGUUGUCAACUUGUUUAUCAAAAGCAGCAGUGACAGAAACAGCGUCGCUGCUGUUGUGAUUACAAUAGAGAGUGAAACAGACUGAUUUAUUUUUUACAACAGAUGGUUAAAAGCCUAUAAUACACUGAUAAUCUCUCCAGUAGUGAUGAGUGUCUCUAAUAUUUGUUUGUCAUUUCAGAAAAUCACAGAUACACUUUGAUUGCUUAGGAAAUUGCCAAAACUGCCUCAUACAGUAAAUGAACUAGCAGUAUUUAUAAAGAUAAUACUUUUUUUUCUUCUCAAAUUCCUAUAAUCUACCAGAAAGCUGCUUUUUCUCUUGUUUUUUUUUCCAUUUGAUUGUCCUCAGUUGUACUGUCAGUGUGAGAAACAAGUAUUUGAAAGAGAUCAGUCUCUCUUCAUCUGAUGAAUAAUCAUUUGUUGUAGUCACUGGAGGAGACAUCAAUACACUCUCACUACUGCACAGGUCAGUUCAAGAAAAUAAAUGCUAAACUGUUACCAUAGACUGUAGCAUGUUACAUCAUGUUUUACAAUUUAUGCUUAAUUACUAAGUAGUAACCAGUAUAUACGUCGCUUCAAUUCCUUCCUAAAAUCAAUCAUAUUGUGGGAUAAUUCAGCUGUGACAGAAUACACCUCUUUGGCAAAUAAGUUCAAAAAACAGUUUACUGGAUUUGUGUUGAUUUAUUGCGCAGUACAAUACCAUGUAUACACUUUUUCCCCCAAGAGUCAGACAGCAGAAUCAAUACCACCCUCAUGUCUGUGCAUUAAGUAAGGAACUAUUAAUAAGCCUAGCUUAGCAUAAAGACUGGAAGCAAGGGGAAACAGCUAGCCUGCCCCUCUCUAAAGUAAAGAAAGCUGUGUAGCACCUCUAGAAGUGCUGCUAGGUAGACUGUUGGACUUUGGUCCUCCAGUCUUUAUGCUAAGCUAGGAUAAUUGUCUCAGAGCUCUAUCUUCGUACACACACAGAUGAAAAUGGUAUAGAACUUCACAUCUAAGUUUUGGAAGGAAAGCAAAUAUAAAGAAGCGUAUUUCCCGAAAUGUCACCCAGUUAAACGGGCAGUUUGUAGGCGGUUGACAUGAAGUUGAUACUAUAUUAGGGUAAUAUAGUAGUAAACACAACCUACCAAACCUACAAGUCAUCUAAUUAAAAAUCUAUCAGUAAGUUAAUCAAGGAGCUCAUUUGUUAACUAACAAGACAAUAUGUUUGUUUGCUAUCAAUUUUACAGUACAUAGAUAAACUUUUAAAAAAACAGAAAUAUUCUCUUUGAAACCAUGUUAACCUCUGCCAAUGUUGCUUUGAUGGUUUCACUCUCCCAUGUGCAGUUAUUUUGUAAUACAGGAGCUAUUCUUGUAUCUUUCCUCGGACAAUAAUCAUGCAGUGAUUGAAAAUGGCCCAGGUGAAAACAACCCAUAAAACUGGAUGUUCAAAAACGGUCCAGUUCAGUUACCUCCACAACUUAAGAUUUUGUCCAAACUCAUCUUUAAAGGUGCAAAAUGUAGCGGUUUUUAAAGUAAACCAUGUCGAUACCAGUAGACCUUAUUUUUGGUGAUGAUCUACUUUGGUUGUUGCAGUUACACAGAAUCCAAAUUCAUAUGGCAUUCAUUGAUGUUGAAAUGCCAGACAGCACCUUUAAAGAAUGCUAAAAUGUGCAUAUUUUAAGCUAGACAUUGGUGGGUUUGAGACGGGCGGCAACACGGUGCCUCGGAUUCAGCCUGACAAAUCUCUGUGGUUCUGAUGUACAUCACUGGCUAAAUGCAACAUUGUAAAGAUUUCUACAAAAUAACACCUGAGAACACAUCUGUCCAACAUGGAUCGCAUUGUAUUUUUAAAUGUGUUGCACAACUUCAGCUGUUUUUCUGUUUCUAUCAGUGCUAUCUUUUGGCCUUUUAUAUGGUUCUUUUUAUAAUGAAGUUGUUCUAUGUGAUGAUCAGAAGUUGUGAUGCAGUUCCAUUGUUUUUAAAUAUUUAAUGUCUCUAAAAUAUGGAUUAAAAUCUGUUUGAACCAGU